UGUUGGUGAAAGCAAAAAAAGAACAAUACUUGUUCUUGUUUUUUCUUCUUUUGAACCAACUUCCUUUCUUUCUUUUUUGCCCUAUUUAGAUAGGGUUGUGUUGAAAAUCUUGAACUUUGUUUAUAUGUAAUGCAAAAUUUGGUUGAAGAGAAAAUCUUGGUAUUGUUGUUCUUGUUGCAAAGUUUGGUUCUUUUUGCCUUUUUUGGGGGGUUUUCUUUUGUAGAUCAGCAAACAUGUCUACUCUUGUUAAUUACAGUGGUGAUGAUGAGUUCUAUUCUGGAGGAUCACUUUGUUCAGCUGAAAUUUACUGUCCUGUUAGAAAGAGGGCCCGCAUUAGCGGUCCCUUCGUCGUCGAAGAAGAGCGAACAAAGAAUCCAUCCAUCGAAACACUUCCCGACGAAUGCCUAUUCGAGAUCUUUAGAAGAUUGCAAGGAGGCCGGGAAAGGAGCUCAGCAGCUUGCGUUUCUAAACGUUGGCUUAUGCUCUCGAGUAAUGUGAGGAGCUCCGAGAUUUGCCAAAAUGAUACGAAAAUGGUCUCAGCUGAUGAGGAUCUUGAAAUAGAAUGUGAUGGAUAUCUUACUAGGUGUUUAGAAGGGAAGAAAGCUACAGAUAUUAGACUUGCUUCUAUUGCGGUUGGAACUUCCAGCCGUGGUGGUCUUGGAAAGCUCUCGGUUAGGGGUAGCAAUAUUACUAAUGUUGGUCUAUCAGCAAUUGCUCAUGGUUGUCCUUCUCUUAGGGUUCUUUCCUUGUGGAACGUUCCUUAUAUCGGAGAUGAAGGUCUAGUGGAGAUUUCUAGGGGAUGUCAUUCAUUAGAAAAGCUGGAUCUAUCUCAAUGUCCUUCCAUCUCCAACAAAGGUUUGGUUGCGAUAGCUGAGAGCUGCCCGACUUUGACUUAUUUGACGAUCGAAUCUUGUCGAAAUAUCGGAAAUGAGGGUCUCCAAGCUAUUGGAAGAUGCUGUACUAAACUACAGUAUCUUACUAUUAAAGACUGCCCUCUUGUAGGUGAUCAGGGAAUCACUAGCCUUCUGUCGUCGGGCACUACAAUGUUGAAGAAAGUGAAACUUCAUGGUCUAAAAAUCACGGAUUUCUCGCUUGCUGUCAUCGGUCACUAUGGCAAGGCAAUUACCGAUCUUAAUCUGAGUUUACUUCGUAACGUCAGUCAGAAGGGUUUUUGGGUUAUGGGUAAUGCUCAAGGUUUACAAUCUCUGGCUUCUUUAACAAUCACAUUGUGCAGAGGAGCCACCGAUGUGAGUCUCGGAGCAGUAGGAAAGGGAUGUACGAAUCUUAAACAUAUGUGCGUUCGCAAGUGUUGCUUUGUUUCUGAUGGUGGACUUGUUGCCUUUGCUAGAUCCGCUGGAUCUCUUGAGAGUCUUUUGCUGGAAGAAUGCAACAGGAUCACCCAAAUGGGGAUUUUAAACGCUGUUUCGAGCUGUCGAAAGUUGAAGUCUCUUUCCUUAGUGAAGUGUGUGGGAGUUAAAGAUUUACCUGCACAAGCUUCCUCGUUGUCUCCUUGUGAAUCUCUUCGAUCGUUGUCCAUCCGAAGCUGUCCGGGAUUCGGUAGCACUAGCUUAGCUAUGGUGGGGAACCUUUGUCCUCAGCUACAUCAUUUGGAUCUCAGUGGUCUUACUGGAAUAACAGAUGCCGGGCUUCUCCCCCUUUUGGAAAGAUCCAAGGCAGGACUCGUCAAGGUUAAUCUUACCGAGUGCCUGAACUUAACCGACGAAGUGGUAUUCUCGCUAGCCAGGUUACAUGGCGAGACCUUGGAAUUGCUGAAUCUUUAUGGUUGUAGGAAGGUUACAGAUGCAAGCUUGGUGACAAUUGCUGAUAAUUGUCCGUUACUUAACGAUCUUGAUGUUUCUAAGUGUUCAAUAACUGAUUCUGGUGUAGCUGCUUUAUCCCAUGGAGUGCAAGUAAAUUUGCAGAUUCUUUCAUUAUCAGGUUGCUCCAUGGUAACAAACAAGAGUGUCCCGUCUCUUAAAAGGUUGGGUGAGAGCUUAGUCGGUUUGAAUCUACAACACUGCAACGGUAUCAGUAGCAGCAAAGUCGAGCUUCUUGUUGAGGACAUCUGGAGAUGUGAUAUCCUCUCCUAAGCUAACUGGAGCACAACGCAAGGCAAUGCGUCCAAAGGGGUUUGGACGAAGAGUAGUAGCUAUUUGGUUCAUUCAGCUUUUGGCAGGAUAGAAGCGAACAUGAUUGUGGUUUUUGGCCCACUAAUGGCCUUGUGAUACUCCAGUGGCUUGGUUGUUUUCCAUCAUUUUUUGCAGGUUUUAUCUACUUGAAGCCUGUUUCACAUCGUUUGGUCUCCGAUUACCUUAGUCCUGGUGUUAAAGUUUUCACUCGUGUUGCUCCUGGUCCCGUCUUUGGCUGCUUGAACCGAUAAUGCUUCUCUUGAACUUGUAUUGACAGAUUGGUCCUGCAUUUGCCUUGGUACUACACUGCAGAAUCAGAAAGUCUUAUCAUAGUUUAUGUUUGUAAUUCUCGUGUUAAGAAGUCGUCGUCGUUAUUGUUGUUGUUGUACGUGUUUUACUUAAGUAUUUUACUCUGUGUCUCAGUGUGUAGUUGAUGGAAGAAAAGUCUUGGCAUGUAGUUGAUGAAAAAAAAAGUCGUGUGUAGUUGCAUUUGCACAAUUUCUGUAACAUGGUGUCUGUUAAUCAGGGGCUUGGUAAUGACAACUUAGUCCAUCUAGGUACCUAGGUUGUCUCUCUGGUGUCCAAGUCCUAGUUUUUUAUAGGAUUGUCAUAGUCCUAUUUUGUAGCAGGUUCCUUGUCUUUUAGAUUUAUACUAUGCAACUACUAUGUUAUAUAAUAAAAAGUGUGUGAGUUUGUUUAAA